AUGACUACACAUCAUAUUGGUUUAGCUUUUGCUUUAAUCGGAGAUCUAUUUCCGGAUGGAACAUCAAAAGAAGUUGCAUCAUAUCUUAAUCGUAAAGGUCCAUUACCAUUUGGUGCUAUAGUUCGUGAAGUCAAUCUUUCAGCAGUCAAUAUUGCACGAUCUAUAGCAACAUUAGCUAUGCAUGAUCUAAUCGAAUGUUCUAGUGAUAAUCGUUCAGAUUCUAAACGUGUUCUAUAUGCCUUCAGUCUUCAACGAGCAUUAUAUAUUUUACAUUAUGCAAAAUGUAUUCAUUGUGCUAGACAAUUAUAUGGUUUUGAUGGUGAAUUAAUAAUUGAAGAACUUUUAUUAAAUGGUAAACAACGUAUGAGUACAUUAUUAAUUAAAGUAUAUGAACGUUUAAUAAAAGCUGGCAAAGAUCCAACAGUUCAUAGUUUACAAUCAAUAAAAGAAACAUUUAAAUCAUUAGUUUCUGCACAUUUUCUACAACGUAUUCUAAUCGAUGAAACUAAACCACAUAUUCCAAUAACAAUCGAAGAAACAUCAACAAAUCUAGUACAAAUACCAGAAUUAACACCAGAAGGAUGGAAAUAUCUAAUAUCAAAUCAACAAGAAGAAUCAAGUGAACCAGCAGCAAAGAAAAUUAAAGUACCUACACCAACAUUUGGUGAUGAGAAAAUCUUCUGGAAAGUUAAUUUUCAACGUUUUUUUGCUCAUUUACGUGAUCAAGAACUUAUCCACGCAUUUACAAGUCGAAUCGAUUCAAAUGCUGGAGAAAUUGUUCGAACAAUGCUUCGUUUAGCUGAAAUCAAACCAAAUCCAGAACGAACUAUAUCUAUAUCAUUUAUUGAAAUUGCAAAAACAAUAUCAGCAGCUGGUUUACAAUUAACCGAUGAAACAUUACAAAAAUAUAUGAAUGUUAUUACUAGUGAUGUGAAUAAUUGUAUUAUAAAAAUUGGUGAUCAAGGAAGAGGAACAUAUGAAGUAGAUUUUCAAAAAGCAUUAAGUGGUUUAACUAAAGCUCAUAUACAAUCAUUUCUAAGAGAAAGAUAUGGUUCCAAUGCAUUAAGAAUUUAUAAUAUGCUUGAAGAACGUGGGUGUUUAUCACAAAAACAAAUUGAAGAUAUGGCAAUGAUUAAUGCAAAAGAAGCACAACAAUAUGUUUAUUCAAUGUUCAUUGAUGGAAUGUUGUCAUUAGAGGAAUUAUCAAAAGCAAAUGAUUUUAAUCCAACUCGAACAUUUUAUUUCUUUCGUGUAAAUUUAUACAAUGGAGUUUUAUCAUUACUUGAUCAUUCUUAUAAAACAAUGUCCAAUUUAAUGCAACGUCAUCAAUUCGAAAAAGAACGUCAUAGAAAAUUAAUCGAUAAACGUGAUAAAGUCGAAGCAAUUAUUCAUAGUCUGCGAGAACAAAAUGCAGAUGAUGAACAAAUUAAAGAAGUAGAAGAUAUUUUAUCACCUAUUGAAAAAGAACAAAUACAAAAACUUGAUGCUGCCUUUCGAAAGAUUGAACUUGCUCAACUUCAACUUACAGAAACUAUUCUUCUACUUGAAAUGUUUCUAUCCAUAUCAAAGAGCGUCGCACCAGCGCAAAAGAAAACUGGUGGUAGAGCCGUUGCUGCAAAAUUAUUGGAAACAAGAUCUUAA